UAAUAAUCCCCUGUGGGCCUACCACCGCGCAUCUCAACUCAACAUCAUCUUGUCUCCUCCCCUAAUUCUGUUACCCAAAAUAGCUUCUUGUCUUAACAAUCAAUUUCCUCUUCUUUCUUUGUAUACCAUUUUCUUUGCACGUCCAUAAUUACCUACUGCAAAAACCCACAAAAUAUUUCAAUAUUCACCUUAUCUUCCCUCCUUCUUAUUUUCACUUUUGUUAAUUUAUGCUUUUUAUUUUCUUUAAUCAGAAAAAAAGAUAAGACUUUUCUUGGAAAAUACGUGUUUGCAAGUAUUCCCACAUUUACAACUGAUAUUGGGUAUUACAGUUCUUGAAUAACUUUUGCUUCCCAAAAGAGCCAUUUUUGAUUUUUACCGGAUCUAAGAGUACUUUUGAGCAUUUUAAGCUCCUAAUAAUUGACAUUUAAUCCUUUUGAUGGAAGGGUAAAUUGUUGUUAGGAAUUACAGUAUGGAUUCUGUGAUUGGUGGUAAGUUUAAGCUUGGUCGAAAGAUCGGUAGUGGAUCUUUUGGGGAGCUUUAUUUAGGGGUGAAUAUACAAAGUGGAGAAGAAGUUGCUGUUAAACUGGAAUCAGUUAAAACGAAGCACCCUCAGCUACAUUAUGAAUCAAAGUUGUAUAUGCUUCUACAAGGAGGAAUGGGAAUCCCCCACCUCAAAUGGUUUGGAGUUGAAGGUGAGCACAGUGCCAUGGUUAUUGAUCUUCUUGGACCAAGUUUGGAAGACUUGUUUAACUAUUGCAAUAGGAAGUUCACAUUGAAAACAGUCCUAAUGCUGGCAGAUCAGUUGAUUAAUAGGGUUGAAUAUAUGCAUUCAAGAGGAUUUCUUCAUCGGGAUAUUAAGCCUGAUAACUUCUUAAUGGGUUUAGGGCGUAAAGCGAAUCAGGUAUAUGUCAUUGACUUUGGUCUUGCCAAGAAGUACAGAGAUCUUCAUACACAUAAGCACAUACCAUACAGGGAAAACAAAAACCUCACAGGCACAGCUCGUUAUGCAAGUGUUAACACCCAUCUUGGAGUUGAACAAAGCAGAAGAGAUGAUCUAGAGUCUCUAGGCUAUGUGCUUAUGUAUUUUCUGAGGGGAAGUCUCCCAUGGCAAGGUCUGAGAGCUGGCACCAAAAAGCAGAAAUAUGACAAGAUCAGCGAGAAGAAGGUCCUUACACCUAUAGAGGUACUUUGCAAAUCCUAUCAAUCAGAAUUCACAUCAUAUUUUCAUUACUGCCGAUCUUUGCGGUUUGAUGACAAGCCAGAUUACUCAUACCUGAAGAGGCUUUUCCGUGACCUUUUCAUAAGAGAAGGUUAUCAAUUUGACUAUGUGUUUGACUGGACGACAUUGAAGUAUCCACAAAUUAGCUCCACUUCAAGAGGACGGCAACCAAAUGGGAGAUUACCUUUGAACCCAGGACCAUCUGUUGAAAGAGCGGAAAAGACCCCAGUGGGGCAGGACAUUAAAGAUAAGUUUUCUGGUGCUGUUGAGGCAUUUGCUAGAAAGAAUGUGUCUGGAACUUGUUUUCUGGGGGACCGUACGAGGCAUAGAUCUUCAGAACAUCUAUCAUCCUCCAGAGAUGUGCAAGCUGGUUCUGAAAGAGGCCGCGUGUCUCGCACCGGUAGCACAUCGAGGAGGGCUGUGAUGUCAAGCAGCCGACCAGGCUCCUCUGGUGAACGCACUGACAACCGUGCUGGUCGGUUGGGCUCAAGUAGCGGCCGACUCUCCACUUCGCAAAAAACACAACCCGGAUUUGAAGCCAAAUCAUCGUCUAUUUCUCGUGCUGCUGUUGCAAAAGGGAGCAGGGACAAUGCCCUUAGGAGCUUUGAGCUGCUGACUAUUGGCACAGGGAGAAGGAAAUAAGACUGAUGUUUUAAAUAUCUGCCAAUCAAGGUGGCAAACUUCCAAAAAUGGCAUUUAAGCAUUCUUAUUCUCAGCAUUUGUCCCCAGCUAAUGUGAAAUUCUCAUAACUGGUUUCACCUAAUAUAGGAGCAUCAAAUUGGCGCUCUUCAUUAAAUUCUUCCCAGCGAUCUUGUGGCUGAUUCUUGCCACUAAAUUGCCUAGCCAAACGACCAGAGAAGGGGUUUUUUGAUUGUAUAUUUGAGACCUGUCUUAAUCACCGUUGAAGAAAAGAUUUCCCAUGUCUGUAUACAUUCUUCCAUGCAUGAUCUGUAUACAUUCCUCCAUGCAUGAUGUGCUUCGCUCCAUUAUCAUAUGGCUGCUAGGUUUGCUAAUGUGACGGGAGGAUGUUUGAAAAGUAACUAGUUCUUGGUUGUGCAGAUAGUUCCAUAUUUUGGUGGGGCUGGCCUUGGAAUAUUUCUGUCUGUGUGAGUUCAAGUACUUACCAUUCACUCAAUAGUGUAGCUUAAGUCUGUGACCUAAAAACUUCUUCCUAUCCCAUUGUAACUAUGUGAACCAUAUUGUUGACUUCCAUCUGUGUGUUAGGUAUACAGUCACACAUAUUUUAUUAACAAUGUACUUUGCUGAUGGUCUCUGUUUUUACAUUCAAUUAAAUGCUACGUGAGCACGGAUUGGUAGUGCACUAAACUCUA